CAGAGAUUGCUUUGGAUCUGUGGUGGGAGCACUGAAGAUAAAUAAUCUACACAAGAUCAGAAACUGGUUACAUAUGCUGCCAGGUGUGUGUGUGGAAUGUGGCCAGAAUGAGCAGCACAUUUGUUACAUUAGCUGAGGUGCUGGAGGCCCGGGGGGGACCUCUGCUGGAGGAGGAGAUCUGGUCCCUGCUGCUGGGUGCUGCAGAGUGUUUAAUGGAUGUCUCUUAUAAGGGUCACAACAACAUGUGCAGCAUCAUCAGCCCCACCUCCUUGCUGUUGUCAGCCACUGGCUCCUUAGCUUUUAAGAACUGUGGCCUAUCAGAUGAGGUAUCUGCGUUUGCUGCUCCCGAGAUGCUGCAGGACCGUGCCGGGUCAACCAAACCUGCCACUGAUAGGAUGUUGGUAUAUUCGCUGGGAAUGACUCUCUACUGGUCGGUUGAUUUUCAGCUACCUCAAAAUCAGCCAGUUCAGUUGAGUGACCAUCUAAACAGCAUCCUCCUCAGCAUGUGUGAGGACCUGGCUCACCGCAGGGUAAACCUCACAUCAAUUCUGGAGGCCUGUGAAUCCCAACACAAGGCCUCCAACCUGCUGCCGCCCACCAAAGUUGUUCGACAGCUCGUGGAGGAGGUUUUUCACGAAUCAGUGGAUGGUUCUCUGCCAGACAGCAACAUUCCUCUGAGUGGCAGGAGCCAAAUGAUCAGGGAGAGACUUCACAGAAAGAGAGGGCCAUUAUCGGACUUCAGUGAAGGAAGUGCUGAAGGGCGGAGGUACUCAACGGACUCUGACUCAAAGUCAGGGAGUUUACCUCAAAGACCUUGGAGACAAAGACCAAGAAGCUCACCUACGCUGUUGUACCAGUCUUCUUUAGACAGGCUCCCUCGGAGGGUACGCCGCAGGGACAGCAACUGCAGCUGGAUUGGUAGGAGCCCCCACCACGAUUUCUCUCCAAAAGCAUCAGGCAGAUCUCACAGUCCUUCCAUUACCUUCAGUGAAUCCUCACUCAGCCUGAGCCAGAGAAAAGCUAAGGCAUUGGGUCCGGAGUUUAUGAGAAUGCCAGAUGAGCAGCAAAUUCUUCUUGAGCUUCCAGGAUCUAUCGUGUCCAAAAAGGGCCAUUCAAGUUCCUCUCAGCGAGAAGUGACUGUAGUGCUGCCUAACGGACAGUACGUGGUUGUUCGCUGUGACAUUAAAUCCAGGGCAAGAGAUGUGUUUGACAUGGUGGUGGCUCACGCAAACUUGGUGGAGCACUUUUACUUUGGUCUUUCCUUCCUAGAUGAUGAUGAAUAUUUCUUUUUGGAACACGAGACAAAAAUCUCCAAAGUUGCACCUGACAGUUGGAAAAAAGGGCAGAUAUCUUCCUUCUUGGUGUUUCUUCGAGUCAAAUAUUUUGUUGAUGAUAUUGCCUUCAUUCUGCACAGACUGACUCAGCACCAGUAUUACUUACAGCUGCGUAAAGAUAUCCUGGAGGACAGACUUUACUGUAACGAGGAGACAGGCUUGUUCCUGGCUGCUCUCGCUCUGCAGGCUGAGUUUGGUGACUAUAUGGCAGAGUUGUAUGGUAAAGACUAUUAUCAACCUGAGCAUUAUGUAUCCAAGAGAAUGCUGGAGAAGCUCGCUGUACCCAUCAUCAGAGAGGAGUUGCCGAGACUUCAUGCAAGUCAUGCCCAUUUGCUGCCUGAAGAGGCAGAAACAGAGUACCUAAAGAUUGUCCAACAGUUGCCGGAGUAUGGAGUUAUGUUCCACCGUGUAGGAAGAGAGAAAAGACCAUUGAUAGGAGAAUUAGUUCUGGGAGUGUGCGCCAAAGGAAUCAUCGUCUAUGAGACAAAGAACCACCUGCGUACUGUCACCAGACGCUUUCUGUGGAGGGAAACAGACUCUAUAUCCACUGGGCGUCGUAAGCUGAUCAUAGAGUGUGGUGGACCCAGCGGUAAAAAGCACAUCUUUGUAACAGAAACCUCUAAAAUUGCACAGUACCUCCUGAACCUCUGCUCAGCACAGCACAAAUUUCACAGCGAGAUGACAUCUCGACAGCUCAACCACACAAUGAUACCUGAUGAAAACAUAUCUGCAUACCGGGCCCGUAACAUGAGCCUGAAGCGGAUAUCUUGCUCAGAGGGCAUGCUGAACCAUGUAGGUUUGACAUCUGGCCAGGCCGACGCCCUCUCCAAGUCCUGUGACGAUCUUACUGCCAAGCUGGAAGCUCGACUGCGCCAGCAGAGAGAAAUGAGGAGAGAGAUGGGCAGAGAUCUGAACAAGGAAUUGCCUGGAACGGGAGACCUCAGGGAUGGGAAAGAGCGACAGAAUUGGAGCUCUCCAGGGAUUCCCAGACGGCUGUCCAGCAUCUCACUACAAAAGCAGGACUCUGAUGCCUCUUCUUCUCUAAGAGUUGAUACUCCAACACGGACACCACCUGAGAGAGAGAUAGUUUGUGUGAUACUGAAAAAAGAUCCCAAACUGGGUUUUGGCUUUGUGAUAGUAGGAGAGGACAACACAGGAAAACUUGACCUGGGGAUAUUCAUUGCUUCCAUUGUGCCUGAUGGCCCUGCAGACAAAGAUGGACGAAUCAAACCUGGUGGACGUCUCAUUUCUCUUAACAAGACCAGUUUAGAAGGAGUCACAUUCAGCGAUGCUGCUGCCAUCCUUCAGAACAGUCCUGAUGAAGUAGAGCUCAUCGUUUCACAGCCUAAAUACUCACUAAAGGACAGACAGGGCUCCUUGAGUCAGAGCACUCUAGGUUUGUCAUUAGAGAGGAGUUUUGGGUCACAGACCACCCUGAGUGGCACAGAGUUUCGCCCCCCUGUGGAGGAGCUGGAGGAGGCCAUCAUCUUGUCCAGCAUGGCCACUCCGAAGCAUAACAGGAAGCUCCACAUUCCUGUUGUCCGAAUACAAGAUGCUCAGGACGCGUCUCCAAGGUCUCCGUCCAUCUUAAGCCUCAAAACAGGAGAUCGUUUUACUAUAGAUAUAAAGAAAAGCGGUGGGAGCCUUGGAUUAAGUGUCACUGGUGGAGUAAACACAAAUGUGCAAUUUGGAGGCAUUUAUAUAAAGAGUUUGGUGCCAGGAGGAGCUGCUGAGCAAGAUGGACGCAUUCAGACUGGAGACAGACUGCUGGAGGUUGAUGGGACCAACCUGAGGGGAGUGACUCACCAACAGGCUGUCGAGUGUCUAAAAAGGACUGGGGAGGUGGUGAACCUGCUGCUGGAAAGGGAGCCUACUGUUGUCUUGGAGCACAGACCUGACUCUCCCUGCUUCCCCUUGAUUCACAGUCCAUCAUACACUCAGUCGACCCCCAGGACAGAGGUCUCCAUGGAAACAACCUUGAGUGGUCGAGCCAAGGACUACAGCUUUGUGACGGAUGAAAAUACCCAUGAAGUGGUUCUGAAAAAGAGUUUGUCUGGUCUUGGCUUCAGCUUCUACAUAUCACAUCUGCGCUCGGGAGCAGACCGUGGUAGCGUGGUUCGCAUCAAACGCCUGUUCCCAGGUCAGCCAGCUCAAGAGAGCGGCCAGCUGCGAGAGGGGGACAUCAUUUUAUCUGUCAACGGAGAACAUGUGAAAGAUCUCUCCUACCAGAGAGUUUUGUUCCUGCUGCGAGGAGCCCCAUCUGAAGUCCACCUAGUGAUCUGUCGGCCACCUCCUGGAGUACUUUAUGAAGUAGAUGACAACACACUGAGUCCUGCCCCCAUACGUGGUAUUCGAUCCAGAUCUCUUGACAUCCGGCUCGGAGAGGACUACAGCCAGCUCCUUAAAUCUCCAAGUGAUGUCAACAUACGUGAGCAGCUGCUGCUCCCCAACGAGGAAGAGGGUCUGACCAACAGCACAGAGAAAAUCCCAGAUCCUCCAACAAUUUUACCACCUUCAGAAAGUGAAAUGAGCCUGGAGAAUGAUAUGGAGCAGGACUUCCCUCCUCCCCCAUCUCCUCCUCGAACACCUCCCUCCCCAACAUCACCCACAUCUCCGCCAUCACCAGUCUCACCACUAUCACCCACCUCACCUUCUUCACCUCCUCCCACCUUGCCACCGAUUCCACCAGAGCCACAAUCAGCUGCUGGGAAACAGGAAGAACAGGAGGAAGGAGAAGCUGAGAGGAGGAAAACAGAAGAAGAAGAGGAAGCUUCAGCAACACUGAGCUCAGCUUUGAUCCUUAUGGAUGUUUAUGCAAAAACUGCCUCUAAACCUGUUUAUACCAGUGGGGUCAGAGAGGAAUCAGAUGGAAGUGUGACCUACUGCCUUAUGGGAAAUGGACUGACCAUCAUGGCCGACGAAGAGUACUUGACCAUCAGCUCCACCUUAGAGCCUGCCCACAGCAUUCCCUCCCACACUACACCAACGACCAUCGAAACCCACGACUCUCAAACUCAGAACAGCUUUCAGACUCCAAACUUUUCCCAUCAUGUCCCCACCACUCCCAACAUCGCGCCACUUAACUUCUCAUCCGACACACCAACCACUUGCCCCCUCGUCUACCCAGCCCAGCCACUCACAACGCAACCCCCGAAAACAAAGCAUCACCCAAUACAACAGGGCCUUCUUCCCAGCCACUUCAAAGCGACAUCCAAGAACGUUCGGCCUGCGGUGCCUCCCCCACAGCCUCCGCCCAUAACGCCAAUCACGGCCCAGAUUAUUUCCUCAGUGCCUCCCUGCACUGGAGCGCCCACUCCAACACUGCCUUCCACAGUGCUGACCUGUUCUGCCCAGAUUCAGCCCCAGCUAAGAGAAGAACCGGAGAGGAAGGGAAGGGAAUACAAGGAUGAUUUUGAUGAAGAACUGGAUGAGGAGGAGGAAGAGAGUCGGAGGAAGGGAAUGAUUAAAGAGUUUGAGCUCACAGUGGUCUUGACCAAGUCCAGGAGCGGAAGCUUUGGGUUCACCAUCACUCGUAGCAAGAUUGAUAAUUGCUACUACAUACAGGAAAUACUGGACAACCCCGCCAAGGCAGAUGGACGACUCAGGGCCGGGGACAGGCUCAUCACAGUAAAUGGGCACGAUGUCACCUGUGUGGCAGAUGAUUUUGCCAUGACUAUACUCAGGUCAUCACCUAGAAGGCUGAAUAUGACCCUUGGCAGAGCGGUCAGCAAUCUGGUGGCUCCGCCUCCCUGCGACAGCUUGCCUGACGUAGUUCUCCACAAGACCCCCUCAGGACAGCUGGGAAUAAAGCUGACAGGUGGCAUUGGCAGCAAAUGGCAGGGCAUCUACUGCUUGGCGGUGGUGCCAGGCUCCCCAGCCAGUGAGGAGGGCAGCGUCAAGCCCAAUGACAAGAUCCUGUACAUCUGUGGCAGGUGCACCCUGGGAAUGACGUUAGAGGAUGCAGUCAAAGCCUGCGAGAUCGCCCCUCGUAAGGUCAAACUCAAAAUUAUUCGGGAAGACCAACCAGUUACUCCCAAAGCUAAGUGGAACGGUUUGUUUGACUGGAAAAAGGACAAGAAGUUCUUUGCUCGUUUUGAGGAAACUGUCUCGUCUGAGAGAGAGUUUGCUGUUGAAGAUACUGAAGCUGUGCGUAGGACUGCAGAGAGGUUGAGAUGUCGCUCUCUCACCCAAGGGCAGGAUAGUUGCAUCAUGCAAGUGGAGUUCAAAAAACCCGAAGGCGGAGGCCUCGGCUUCGCAUUGGUCGGUGGAGCUAAUGGUACCAUGCUCCGAGUUAGAGACAUCUGCUCAGGUGGAGUAGCUGAGCAAGACGGCCGGCUGAAAGUUGGGGACAUUCUUUUAGAGGUGAACGGUGUGAUUGUGUCCGGCCUGAGCCACAGUAAAGUGGUGGAUAUUCUGCGGAAGGCUGAGGGGACAGUGCAGCUCACUAUUUGCAGGGACAUCCUGCCCCUGACCUACUCUGAGUCACCUACUCCGCCAAACAUGUCUGCUCACACUGAGGCUAUUUUAGCAGAGCAGCCGGCUCAUAUGUCCAACUCUGAUGUCUGCUCAGCUCCUGAAAGCCUGCAGGAUAGGGAAGCUGAGCGCCUUGUUGAUGCCUCUUUAGAGCCUGUGGUUAAUGAAACUGAAGUUAUCCUCACAUCACCGCCUCCUCCGCCUCACAGAGUUACUGUUAUGAGGGAUGAGACUUCAGUUCAGGAGGAGAGUUGUAACAACACCCCCUCUCAUCAAGCUUGCUGCCCAUCCCUCAAUGUCACUGAAAUGUUACAUGGAGCGUCUGACAGGAGACAAAUUGUGACCAAACUGUUGGACCAGUCUUGCAAGGAUAUCCGGAAAACCCAAUCAGAUGGUUGGAGCAGCGACGAAGAUGAUGAUGUAUUUGAUGCAGCGUGUCAGGAGGUUUCCUCGCCACAAACAGGUCCGCCUUUGGUGUCACAGGAGGAACUGGCCAGUCUAGCACUGAUUACUCCUGCCAAGACCAGCCAGUACUCAGGCUCCAGAGUCAAAGCUCUCAUAAAGAUCCUGCAGCAUCAACUGGACCAGCAGGAACUGGUCAAAGAGUUUCUGGCUCUGGAGCAUUUGAAACCUUCGGACAACUGCUUGGUUGGAAAAGCUCCUGAGAACAGAGACAAGAAUCGCUACAGAGACAUCUUACCCUAUGAUAAAACACGAGUAGCCAUCGGAGAGAACCAGGAGUACAUCAAUGCCAGCUACAUUCGCAUACAGGUCGGAGCAGAUGAGUUCUUCUACAUCUCCUGCCAGGGCCCUCUGCCCUCCACUGUUCAGGCCUUCUGGCAAAUGGUCUGGGAAAACAAAUCUGACAUCAUCGCCAUGAUGACACAGGAAGUAGAACGAGGACGGAUUAAAUGUCACAAGUAUUGGCCAGAGAAGCAGAACACACUUUUGACCACUGGCAGGUACCAGUUGCACCUCGAGAAUCAACAGUUCCUGGAAUACUUCCACAUAAAGGUCAUCCGCAUGGUGGAAAUGGAGACUGGUGAGACACACUUUGUUCACCACCUGAAGUUCACACACUGGCCGGACCACGGCGUUCCACAGAGCUCUGAGCAGCUUGUUCGAUUCAUCCACUACAUGAGAGCGGUGCACCACGGGGGGCCGAUCACCGUUCACUGCAGCGCUGGUAUCGGACGGACAGGAGUUCUCAUCUGCACCGACAUUAUCCUCCAUCUCAUUGAGAAUGACCUGCCUAUUAAUGUAAGCGAUAUUGUAAAAGAGAUGAGGCUACAGCGGCAUGGGAUGAUUCAAACCAAGGAACAGUAUCUUUUCUGCUACAAAGUCUGGUUGGAGGUUUUACAGGGAAUUUUACAACUUCAAGGAAACCAGUGGCAACCAGAAAGUCCCAGAGACCACAAGAUUGUUUGAAUGUUUCCCUGUCAAGUUCAGCAACAUAUACCUGUAAAGUAAAGGCUGUGAGAGAUCAAUCACAGCAAAAUAUUUUACAGGUGGCUCUUCUUCCUUUGGUGGUUGUUCCCUUUAGUUAACUGUAAAAUCUUGUUAUGUAGUGUCAGUUUUGUUAUAAUGAAAACUUUCCUUUUCAAUUCAUUAGUGGUUUUGUUUUCUGCAUAUGUCUUCACGGUGCUUUAAUGAUAUCAGCUUAUCAGUUGCCUUCUGUUUUAAGUUAGUUUUUCUUUUUGUUUGAACUCAAACAGCAUGAAAUCUCAACCUCUGGUAAACUUCAAAUCUUCUAUCUACCUGUAACGUCAUCCAGGUUUUAGACCUUCACACGUUUCUUUUACGCAUUUGUUAAAAUUAUGAAGCAACAUGAUUUUAUUUAAGUGCAUUUGUACCCCGGAAAAAGGGUGUGUAAGCUGAAGAAAAUAAAUGAAUUAUGUUUCGCUUCAUUGUGAAGGAGGAGAUGAAAAGAAUCAAGUGCCUUGGAGAGACACACCCCACUUGCUUUACGAUAAACCCACACCACUUGUUAUAAGUGACCAAGGGCAAAACACGAGAAACUUAACAUAGCACCUGGUGGUGGUUAGAGUGAAUGUAAAGUUUUCAGCCUGUUCUGGGUCUGAGAUGAACAUUUUGUCAAUUCAUACCGGAGGAGGAUUACAUCUCAUAUUUUGGUUCGUAGUUUAACUUAAAAGCAGUGAGAUGUUCACACGUCGCCUAUUCUUAGCUUCUGUUUUUUUGUUUUAUACAGAAAAUUGUCACGAUGAAUCACAUUACCACCACUUGCAUAUUCUGAUACAGAUGAAGAAUGAUUAUUCGUAACAAAUGUUUCAGUGAAUUCAUAAAAUUUUCAGAUAAUUUUUACUAAAAUUUGGAAGUGUUACAAACAAGGUAUCCAGAUUUUUUUUUUUUUUUUGUAAAGUAUAAAUUUUACUGUAAUUUAAAUGAUUAGCCAGACUUGUUAAGUGAUGACAUCCUUUAUCUGUAUUCAACAGUUAUUUUAAUACAAACUCAGCCAAAAAUGCAAAAAAUAUUAUGAGGUUUACAAACUUUACAUUUUGCCACUUUAGAUGUUGUACGGCGCAACACAACUUACACCUCCGAGUCAGAGAUCAAAGACGAUUCAUGGCUGCUGGGUUGGACUUCAACCUCAGAUGUCAUUGCUUGUGAGCUUUGUUCAUUCAGCUGCUAACCAACACACACCAGCUCUUUAUUGCAUGUAGACUCAAGAAGUACAGAUGUGCUAGCCUGCAGUUUGACUGAAUUACUUGAAAAUGAUCAAAAUAUGGAAUGUAAAAAAUGCAACUCCUUCCGAAACGAAGGCGCAUUAAGAAUGUCAUUUUUCUUACCUUGAAAACAUCUUCCAAAGUGUUUGGAGCAUGCUGGAAAGUCACGUGGAUCACUUUACUUUAGCCAUGUGUGUGGCCAUGCAGAGCAAUCAACCUUUCUGAUGCACAUGCAGUGCAUUGCAAAAGUAUUCAUACCCCUUGAUCUCUUUUGACAUUUUGUCAUGUUAGAACCACAAAUGUCAUUGUAUUGCUUUGGAAUUUCAUGUGAUAGAGCAACACAAGUAGUGCAUGAUUGUGAAGGGGAAGAAAUGAUGCAUGGUUUAUUUUUCAUUGAAAACAUUUAAAAACGUGGUAUGCAUUGUUAAGCAGCCCAGUUGAGUUAAUAUUUUAUUCUACCUCCAUUUUGAAACUUGACUAUGAGUUGAUCUGAACCAUUCUAAUACAAUUUUAGAGUUGCUGUCCUGCUGAAAGGUGAACCUCCAGUCCAGACUUUAGUCUAUGCAGUUGUGUAUUUUUACAUAAUUUUUUCCAUAUAGGUUACAAAGUUCAAUGUAGGUUUCAUAGGAGCACCUUUCUUCCAAAUAUCUCUGACACAUCUUGGAGGGUAAACUUGAAAUGGGACUUAUCGUGGUGUUCGUUCAACAAUAGCUCUCUUCUUGCAUCCUCAUCUCUUUGUACUAUAAAGGCCAGAUUUGUGGAGUGCACAACAAAUAGAUGUUCUUUCGAGACAGUUCCCCAACUUGGAUAUGCAUCUCUCCAGCUCUUCCAGAGUUACUGUGCUAGUCUUGGCUGCUUCUUUGACUAAUGUUCUCCUUUCCAGGCCUGUCAGUUUAGGUAGGCAGCCAUGUUUUGGUAGGUUUGCAGUUGUGUCACAUGUUUUCCAUCUUUUAAUGAUGGAUUAAAUAGUGCUUCACAAAAUAUUUAUAAUUUGUGAUAUUGUUUUAAAACCUGACUUUGCUUUCAAUUUCUACACAAGUUUAUCCCUGACUUGUCUGCUGUGUUCCUUGGUUUUCAUGAUGCUGUUAGUUCGCUAAUGUUCUCUGACAAAACCUCAGAAUUGUUCACAGAAGACACCGAGAUCAGUGUACAAAGAGGUGAACUCAUUAGGUGACUUCUAAAUGCAAUUGGUUGCACUGGAUUUUAUUUGUGGGUUUCAGAGUAAUGUAUGCCACACAUUUCAGAUUUUUUAUUUGUCAUCAAAUUUGUCACAUAUAGUUUUAUUUCUACAUAACAAUCAUUUGCUACUUUGUUCUGAUCUAAAUAAAAUACUAAGAAUUUUUUUUUACUUUUUCACAAAAUGUGAAAAAGCUCAAGGGGUAUGAAGACUUUCCCAAUUCACUGUACAGCUAAGUUAUGUGCAAGUUCUCUGUGAGAUCCUGGUGGUAUGUUUUCUGCCUCACAUCUUGGAUAGAAUAAGCAGAAACACAUUUUGCAUUCAUAUGGGAAAGUGCAUCUUGUACAGUCUAGCAAGUGCUUAUGCUAAGGCAUUGUGAAAUGUGAUAAUUAAUUGCACAACUGCUUAUUUAUGCUAAAUUAAAAAUCUUGUUACACUACCAGCCACUAUGUAACCAAUAACUGAGAACAAUGUAAUACCUCUCUCUUUAAUUAAAAGCU